AUGUCUACCCCAGAUUCAGGUACCAUAGAUACUGAGGCGCCGAGCUUGACGAAUACCAACGUUCAAAACCCUCCUAGGAAGGAAGACUCACCAAACAACGAUGAAGCAGAAGUGAAGAAUGUGAAGGUUGAUGGGGAGCCUAUAGGUUCUGACAAACAGGAAAACAAUGCGACAUCCAAAGACCCGCUGACGACUGAGGAAGGGGAAGUUGUCACUUCCGGUAAUGAUACGAAUUUGAUUGAGAACCAAAAUACGGAGAGUGCUUUGUCCGAAAAUACUACUGCCGCAGACGGUCCGCCAUUACCAGAAGAACCUCUUCCGCCUCUUCCAAAUGAACAACCUCCAGCUGCUACACAAGAAGAUGAUGGAUGGGCACCAGUUUGGGAUGAGACAAAUCAAGCUUUCUACUUCUACAAUCGGUUUACUGGAGCUACGCAGUGGGAUAAUCCACGUGUUCCUGAGGCUGCCCAGCCUGGUCCCCCAGGUGUUCCAUCAACAGACUCUGCUGUUGCGCCUACAGAAAGCGAUCCAAUUUCUCGUCCAGCCGGUGGUUAUGAUCCUGCGAUUCACGGAGAUUAUGAUCCAAAUGCCUGGUAUGCCCAAUCAGCAGUCGAAGAGCCAGCAGCUAUGAGAUUAGAUCCAGCCGCUGCUUAUGCGGCAACUGGCCAAUUUAAUCGAUUUACAGGACGUUGGCAAGCGGCAGAACUCAAUCCAGAGAACUUCAAUGACGAGAAUAAGAGUAAAAGACAAAUGAGCGCUUACUUUGAUGUCGAUGCCGCGGCAAAUAAUCACGAUGGUCGAAGUCUGAAGGAAGAACGCAGCGGCAAGAAAUUGUCAAAGGCGGAACUAAAGCAAUUCAAGGAGAAGAGGAAACAAAAAAAGGAAGAGAAACGAAGAGCAUGGUUGAGGGAUUGA